CUUAUAUCUCCCCUCCAAACUCUCCUCACCUCUCCAUUAGCGCACGCACGCACGCCCUCACUCCUCCCCCGGCGCGCUCCCUAUUCUUAGGAGAGAGCCCGAACCAACGUACAAACCCGCGCCCGCGGCCGCCAUUGCCGGGGCCAAGCCCAUGGACGUCGACCUCGACCGCGUGCGCGCGCUGCGCGUCCUCGGGCGAGGCGCCAUGGGCACGGUCUUCCUCGUCUCCGACGCCGGCUCCGGCACCCGGUACGCCCUCAAGGUGUUCGACAAGCGGUCGGGCAAGCCCGGCGCGGACCGGCGCGCGCACUGGGAGGUCUCCCUGCUGUCCCGGCUCGCUCAGAACCCGGCGGCGCACCUCCCGUCGCUGCUGGGCUCCGCCGAGACGCCCGACCUGCUCGCCUGGGCCGUGCCCUACUGCCCCGGCGGCGACCUCAACGAGCUCCGCUACGCCCUCCCCGACCGCGUCUUCUCCCCCGCCGCCAUCCGCUUCUACGUCGCCGAGGUCGUCUCCGCGCUCGCCGACCUCCACGCCGCCGGCGUCGUCUACCGCGACCUCAAGCCCGAGAACGUCCUCCUCCGCGCCGACGGCCACGUCACCCUCACCGACUUCGACCUCUCCCGCUUCCUCCCCACCUCGCCUUCAUCAUCUCCCCCGCCGCCGUCUUCUUCACGCCCGCCCGUGUUCGCCCGCCGCCGCCGCCACGCCGAGAAGCGCGAGCAGCCGCCUUUACCAUCCGCGGCCCCGUCCACGACGCCGAAGCAGCAGUUCCAGACCCUGGUCCGGUUCCUCAUGAGAAGCGGCAACGGGGCCGGGGGCGCCAUGGACAACCUGCUGGGGAAGAAGGCAAAAUCGGCGCGCGUGUCGCCCGCAGUGAAGCCCGCGGCGUGCUCCGGAAGGUCGUACUCGUUCGUGGGCACGGAGGAGUACGUGGCGCCGGAGAUGAUCCGGGGGGAAGGCCACGGGCUGGCCGUGGACUGGUGGGCCGUGGGGAUCCUGAUCCACGAGAUGGCCUACGGCCGGUCGCCGUUCAAGGGGAGGAACCGCAAGGAGACCUUCCGGAACGUGCUGCACAUGGAUCUCGAGUUCCCGGGCGACGCGCGGCGGCGGACGCCCGAGCUCGCCGACCUCGUGUCGCGGCUCCUGGAGCGGGACCCGGCGAGGAGGCUAGGGUUCGGCGGCGGCGCCGACGAGGUCCGGGCCCACCCGUUCUUCUCCGGGGUGGACUGGGAGAUGCUCGCCGAGGUGUCCCGCCCGCCGUACAUCCCGCCGCCCGCGGAUCAUCAGGACGAGGCCGCCGCAGGCGGAGAGGGGUUCGACGUCAGGGAUUACUUCACGAAGCUGCACCAGCCCACGCCGCCGGAGUCGGGGAGGAACUCGUCGGAUUUCUCCUCGGAGUUCUGACCGGCCGGCUUGUGUUAGCUAAUUAACGUGGCAAUCUUAGAGUUAUGCCCCUCGGUAGAUUGCUUGUGUGGCAACGAAGCGGGUCAGGGUUCGCGUUGUACAGAAAGUGGGGAUGGUUGUUUGGGGGCGAUGCUGUUGUAGUGUUGGGAGAAAUGUGCAAACAAUUUUGAGAGGUGCACGUUGACGUUCGGUCCAAAGCCCUCUCUGUCUCUCUCAAGAUGAAUUAUUCGCCACGGGAUUUCUGAUUACUUACUGCUAUCGUAUGCCAUUACCGAUUGGAACACAAGCAUUUGUGAAUUCCAUCCGGCUUGGAGGGAUUGGUC